AAAAUAAAAAUAAAGAAAAUACAAAAAAUUAAAAACCCAGGUAAACACACACGCGUUCUUGAAGUUUGAAUUUUCUCACCGAAAUCGACACUCUCAAUUUCCAUGGCUUCUUCUUCUUCUCCUCCCGAGUUUGAAAAUUAUGUAGCUUCCUUGGUUGCUCUUGUAAUCACAUAUAGGAGCAAUAUGGAACUGAGAGUACUGAUAAUUAUGAGACGACCUGCUGGGGUUGUGGACUGCGUGUUAUGCUUCCAUCCGGUGCAUCCAUAUUCAAAUGUGGUUGGUGUGGAGCCAUUACAAAUCAAAACAAAAAGAAACGCGAGCAAAAGUGCUUCGGGUGGAGAGUACUGCGUGAUCGAUGCUUUCUUUCUUCUGUCAUCAUAUUUAUGUUGUUUGUAAUAUUUGGAGGGGUGUGGGCAGUCUACCCUAUAGUCUUCUCUAUCAGUCUUUUAUGGGGAAUUUUUCACUCAAUCAUUACAACAAUAUUGUCCAUAGCUACAGUUUCCUUUUUUAGCCUUGCAGCAUUUAGGUGUGCUGGAACACCACCAAAUAUAUUAUGGGGAAGCUACCCCACGGUAGGGCAAGGUGACCUCGAAAAUUAUACAUUCUGUCUCUACUGCUCGAAGCCAAAGUCACCUAGAGCACAUCAUUGUCGUUCAUGCGGAAAAUGUAUACUGGACAUGGAUCAUCACUGUCCAUUUAUUGGCAACUGUGUGGGUGCAGCUAAUCACUACAGCUUCGUUUGCUUCCUCAUUUCAGCAGUGCUGAGCACAAUCUAUGUCUCUAUAAUGUCUGUAUAUGCUAGCUUGCAUAUUUGGCCACCAUUGUCAUACUCCCUCGGACGCUUAAAGGGUAUGACUGGCCGGGAUCUAGCAUGGAGACUUAUGAAUGAAAUUUUAAUUGCCUUCCUGAGAUCUACGCUGUUUCUAUCGUCUAGAGGACUUCUUCUCGCCUAUCUUUUUAUCGCAAGUGUUUCAUUGCAGAUAGGAUUGAGUGUUCUUUUAUGGCAGCAGCUCUCUUUUAUAUAUCAGGGGAAAACUUAUCUGAGUAACUUAAGUUCACAUGCAGAUAAUGAAGAAGAAAAGAAAGAUUGCCAAAAUCUUGUUAGAUUUUUCGGUUUUCAACAUCCUGUAUCAAGAUUUUUCUCAAACUUCCGUGUUACUCAGAAGAGGCACGAUACAUAAGAUGAAUCUAUCAGGUUUUGUAGUCAAUGAGCGAACUCUGAUAUCUGUAUUAAAGUGUUCGUAAAUUUCAGAGAAGACCACCACAAAAUAUAUAUAUACUUGUUUAACAUAAAUUCACUUUUUUACAA